CAAACAUUACUAACUCCUUUGAGGUAGAAUAGAUUUAGGCAGGAGAUACUCUUCCCCACAAGGGCCAGUUGGCUGCAAGGCGUACAGAGCCACACUCUGCACUGGAAGCUCCAGGCAAGUGAGGUUUCCCCACGCUACCUUGUCCCCUUACACAAGCGUAAUAAGGGAAGAGCUGCCACUCCGUCGCCAUCCCAGCGCCUCUAGGGAGAGCUCCAGCUUCCUCUCUCUACCGACCCCCGGCUGCCUCUCUGUGGUGGCUCAGCGCAAGCGCCGCCUCCUUGGUUGUAGCACGCCCGGAGGAGCCGCGAAAGCGGACCAAGGGACGGAGGGAGGGACCGGGCCAGCUGAGCGGAGGCGCCUGUCGAGAGAGAACGCCUUGCUGCAAGCCCGGGAAAGCCACCCUUGAAGGGCAAGUGGGGAAAUCGUCGUCGCUAGCUGAACCACUUGCACGCCUACAAGAGCCAUGGGUUGCUUUGAAUGUUGCAUUAAGUGCCUGGGAGGAGUUCCAUAUGCUUCCCUUGUGGCCACUAUUCUCUGCUUCUCUGGAGUGGCAUUGUUCUGCGGCUGUGGUCACGUGGCUCUCGCUGGGACCAUAUCAAUCCUCGAACAGCGUUUUUCCACAAAUGUUACCGACCAUGCUUUGUUAUCUGAAGUAAUAAAACUAAUGCAGUAUGUGAUCUAUGGCAUUGCAUCAUUUUUUUUCUUAUAUGGAAUUAUUCUCUUGGCGGAGGGCUUUUAUACAACAAGUGCUGUGAAGGAACUGCAUGGCGAAUUCAAGACAACCAUCUGUGGCCGUUGCAUCAGUGGAAUGUUUGUUUUCCUCACCUAUGUGCUGGGUGUGGCCUGGCUUGGUGUCUUCGGCUUCUCUGCUGUGCCCGUCUUUAUGUUCUAUAACAUAUGGUCAACUUGUGAAGUCAUCAGAUCACUCCCAGCAAAUAUGACAGCUUCAGCAGACCAGAUCUGUGUGGAUAUCAGGCAAUAUGGCAUCAUCCCUUGGAAUGCUGUACCCGGCAAGGCAUGUGGGUCAGCCUUAGCAGAUAUGUGCAGCACCCCUGAGUUCUAUUUGUCUUACCACCUGUUCAUUGUGGCCUGUGCUGGAGCUGGUGCUACUGUCAUAGCACUGAUCCACUUCCUCAUGAUACUGUCCUCUAACUGGGCCUACUUAAAGGAUGCAAGCAAAAUGCAGGCUUACCAGGAUAUCAAAGCAAAAGAAGAACAGGAGCUUCAGGAUAUCCAGUCUCGGUCCAAAGAGCAACUCAAUUCUUACACAUAAAUGCUUGCCAGAAGAAUUUUGUAGCUCUGACAAAUCAUCAAGCAGCUGCUCUGCAGAACAGAUGCAUGUCCAAGCAAAUACAGAAGUAUAAAAACUUCACAUUCAUGCUCCAGGGCCAUGUUCAUAGGGAAAACUUGCAGUGGAUAUCCUCCAUUCCUUUAGCACUGAGACUGAAGUAUUUUGGGGUGGGGGUGGGGUUAUCCUCUUUCUAGGCCACUUUAGAAAAACCCAAGUUACCAAGUUAAGGAUCUCUACGGAUGCUCUUGGUAACUGUAGAAGAAUUACUGAAGGAACAUGUUCCUUUCCAAACAGGAUACCACAGCUGGUAUCCAGCCCUGCAGUUACUAGAAGAUUUUAAAGGCUGUAUAUAAUUACACAGAUGUACGUAACUAAGAUUCUAGUUUGACUAGAUAGUUAUUCCUUUUAUUCUGAACACUGAUAGUUGUGCUUAUUUGAUGCAGUUUCAGAAAGUUACAAAUCAACUUACUCAGCCUGUCAAAAUUAAAACUGGAUUAUGUGGACUAAAUGCCAGAAGUGUUAUUUUCUGAGCCACUCCCUUUUCAAUGAUGCUGUAAUGAGCCACUGUUGUUCUAUUGCACUUAUCGGAGUAAGCUGGGUGCUGUUGCCCUGGGUUGGUUUUAUUUUUAUUUUAUACUGUUUGAUGGAAUGUAGACAGACCCUCACAUCAGGAUAAUGAUCCCCUUCUCUGAAAAUAGAUGUCAGCUUUGCCUUAAUGUUUAUUUUCUAUAAAUGUCUGAAGCAUUGAUAUAGCAGUGGUUGAUCAUUAUCCUGUCUGUAUCUUAUCAAAGCAGAAAGUGUUACCUUGCUGAAACUAUACUGAUAUAAUUGUUUCAAGUGAGCAGAUAACAAAUUGUAGAUUUUAAAGCCAAUAGCCAUACAGAGCACAGGUCAACCACCCGUCUCAAUUUUGGUGCUCAACAUGUUUAUAGACAGUGCUUAUUUGUUUCCUCUUAUAAGAAACUUGGUGUUCAGUAAAAUAUUGGGUUCCAGUUUAAAAGUGUUUCCCACAAAAUCUGCCUUCUAACAUUUUCAGAAACAUUCAGUGCUAGCUUGAGUACUAGUGAUGGUAUCGUUGGUGUGCUAUUUUUUUUUAAAAAAAAAUAUAAAUGUUGGAGAAAAUUAAAGUACAUCAGUGAGUUUUGAAUCAGUAAAAAGUCAAGUCAUACAUCCAUGUUAAUGUGUGGUUUGAUUAGUUUUGAAUGUUUGCUGAAUAUUAAAAUGCUUCUUUAGAUCAUAUGGAAGUGUAUAAAGAUAAAAGGAAGCACGUUUCUUUAGAAAGUUUUUAAAAGAAAAAUAUUAAUGUGGAAAAAACUUCAGGUAUUACCUUGCAUUUGAGUUUGUUACAUGCCUAAUCUGACUUUCUUUUUAAAGAGGCAAAAUCUAUAUAGAUAAAAUUGCUUAGUGUUUGUUUUUACCUGUUGCAUGAAGGAAACAAAUUUCUACAGCAAUGCAGGUGAUGUUCUUUCUAGUCCAGUGUUUGCAUAAAGGUAACAUACAGUGUCUUAAAGCCUAAUUCUUUUUUUAAUUCUGUGUAGCUAUUACUGGGAGUUUUUGGAAGUUUUGUUUAAGUAGUCCAAUAUUUUUUAUGUAAAGAGCAUUAAAUUUUGCUAUGUAUAAAUUUUUGUAACCUAACCGUGAAUCAAUAUUUUCUAUCAGUGCCAAGGGCUUCCUGUAGUUAUAUCCAAGUGUUACAAUAAAUAUUUGUAGAU